AUGGAGACGGGGGACAGAGCUGCAUCUGAACGGCAUGUCCACUUGGAUGGCGAACGAGAGCCGGGUGGGAAGAGGAUCAAAGUGGACCCGGCCUGUCUCGUCUCCCAAGCCGGGGCUGUGAAGGAGUUUGGGGAAGGGAGAUCCCUGGAACGUGUGAAACAGGAACCAGACGAAGAGCCGUGGCAGGGGUGGGAAGUGCAGAGGCAGCCGUUACCGAAGGUCAUGGAGACCCCCAGCUCAGAAGAGGGACGUUUGGAGCUGCCUGGACAGCAGGGACAUGCAGGCUGUUCUCAGCCCCCCCUUGAUGCAAGUCAACAGCUUAGAGGACGUGAGGUCCCCCAGCUCCGGUUUGGCUCUAUCAGAAGCCCCCAAGACACCACAUUGGCCAUGGACAAGACAGUGAAGGAUGAGUUCCCCAGUGAGGUAGGACGUGAGGAAGUGAUCCCGGGUGAGGACACCGUCAGUUGGAACACGGAGUGCCAAAAAUUCCGGGAGUUCUGCUACUACGAGGCCGUGGGACCCAGGCUGACUUCCUACCGACUCUGGACACUUUGCCGCCAGUGGCUGCAGCCCGAGAAACGCACCAAGGAGCAGAUCAUGGAGCAGGUGAUCCUGGAGCAGUUCCUGGCCAUCCUGCCCCGGGAAAUGCAGAGCUGGGUGAAGCAGCAGCGGCCGGACACCUGUCCUCGGGCAGUGGCCCUCGCGGAGGGGUUUCUGCUCCUCCAGGAGCAAAUGGCGACGGGACUGCUCCAGAAAGCGGCAGAGGAGCCUCCGUCAGACUCCAGCCAGCAGCCGCUGUCCAGAGAGAUCAAGCAGGAGGAUGACAGUGAUCCCACCGUGCUGGAAGGCGCUGGAACUGUGAAUGCGAUCAAAGAGGAGAAUUUAAGCGAGGAAGACUCUCUCAUGGAAGCGCCCGCGACUGCAGAAGGAAGCGCCGUGGGGAGUAUUUCUUCUCCAAGCAAGCCUGCGUUGUUCCGACUUCCAAAAGAAGAACUUGGAACCAGCUGUAAUCCAAGUGAUGGGACCGUGAGGAAGAUCAAAGAGGAGAAUCUAAGUGAGGAAGACUCGCUCAUGGAAGCGCCUGCAGCUGCAGAAGGAAGUGCCCAGGGGAGUAUCUCCUCUCCAAGCAAGUUGGCACUAGUCAGACUUCCAAAAGAAGAACCAGGAGCAACCUCCCCGCAAAGUGAUGGGACCGUCAGGGAAAUCAAAGAAGAGAAUCUGAGUGAAGCUCCUGCGACAGCAGAAGGAAUAGCCCAGUGGAAUAUUGCCUUUCCAAGCGGGUCUGCAGUAGUUGGACUCCCAAAAGAAGAACCAGGAGCAACCUGUAAUCCAGAUUCUCCCUCCUCUUCAAAUGGCAAGACAGCGGCUGUGAAGGUGGAAGAGAAGCCGGGGAAGUCUGGAGAACCGGAACCGCCGGGGCUGGAGCUGGGUAGAGAGGAAGAGACCAGAGGGGAAAGAGAAGAAGUCUGGACCGGCUACGGGAAAACCUUCCGCUGGAAAUCCGUCCUGACGCCGUGCAAAGAAACCGUUACGGACUGGAAGAUCUACCAGUGCUGCGCUUGUGGCAAACAGUACGACGCGAGGUCCAUGCGUGCUCAUCAGAAGAUGCACACAGGAGAGAAGCUGUACGAGUGCAUCUACUGCGGGAAGACCUUCAGCCAGCGUGCACAGUUUGAAAGCCACGAGAAGAUCCACACGGGAGUGAAGGUCCAGACGAGAGAGAACCUGUACAUUUGCGUGACCUGCGGGAAGAGCUUCGCUUACUACUCGACCCUGGUGGCCCACAGAAGGAGCCACGGGGAAGACGAUUUGUCCACAGCAGAUUGA